UCAUACAGUUUGUACGAAUUUCGUAGGAGAGAGUUUCGCAUUCAACUCUUAGAUAUUAAUAGUUUAUCAAUGAGGUAUACUCAAUUAAACAAUUAGAACAUUCAAUAAUGGAUUCUACAAUUCAUGUUUGUCGCUUGUGUGCAAAAGUGAUCGACGAGUAUGUAUCUAUCUUCGAAACCAGAAAUGGAAAGUCCCUUGCUGAAAUGGUUAAUAUCGUCACUUUCGUUGUGAUAACCGAUAGCGAUCAUUUUUCUACGCUAGUAUGUGUCGAUUGUGUGGAACUAACGAUAGAUGCGUUCCAUUAUGUGCAACGUGUGCGAGAAGCAGAUCUUUUAUUUAAGAAAUCAGAAAUUUCUAAAGACUUUCCAAAGGAAAGUGCAUCUUACGAUAAUACUGCAUGUCGGAUGGAAGAAGACCAGUUAGCUGAUUCAAGACUGACAGAAAAUGCACCAGAAGUAUUAGAAGCUGGAGAAUAUUUACUUAAUUUGGAAAUAUCACGUGUAGAAUAUCUUGAGGAAGAGCCUGAAUCUAUGUCAAAAAAAUUGAUUGGGCUUCUAAUAGAAUCCAUUAACGAUGACGGCUAUCAUAAAUGGCACAAAGUAAGACGUGAUCUUGAUGACUCCGAAAUACCCGACCAAACGGACAUUCGAAAUCUGUCUGUCGAAGAAAAUAACUCCGAUAAUGAAUCAGAUGAGAAAAAAGAAAUUUCUGUUGAUGCUGACGAGCCAAUGGUUAGAUGCUGCAUACGUAGUUGUAAGCGAAAGUUCCAGUCGCGUGACGAGCUUAUUCAACACGGUUCGGUCGAGCACGCAUCAAAUCGGUCAAUCGGCGAUACGUCUAGUCCAUUCGAAUGUGUUGUUUGCUUCCAGAGAUUUAAUACACGCAGUGGUUUAACCAGUCAUCUGCGAAGAAUGAUUCGAGACUAUCACUGUCCGGCCUGUAACAUUUAUUUUGAUGCCCCACGGGAUAAGAGAAUUCACAUGAAAACCACUCACAGGGGAGUUGUAAGAAAUACUUCUCAUUGCCGCAUCGAAGAUCAAUCCGUUAAAAUUUGCUGCGGUUGUGAAUCGAUUUUUGAGACAAUAGAAGAACUCUAUCAGCACGGUGUUGAUGUGCAUGAAUCUCAACAAUCCGAUGCUAAUGAUGGCCGCGUAAACCAAUGCAACAUUUGUUACAAAUUCUUCAAAUCAAGCAGGGGUCUCCGAAAUCAUCAGAAUCUAGUGUACAAACCGAAAACUUAUUCCUGCCAAAGGUGUUCCAAAUCGUUCGAUUGCGCCUCUAAACUGUACUAUCACGAGAAACGGCACCUCAUCGAGCGAAAAUUUGCCUGUGCUAAUUGUGGUAGCACAUUUAAAACGCCGGCCGAUGUUCGGAGUCAUGAGCGAAUCCAUCAGGAAAAGACACUUAUCUGCAACGUUUGUGGCAAACGGUUCUACAAAAUAUCACAUUUGAAGUCCCAUCUGAAGACGCACGGCGAUCGGGCGUACGAUUUUGCGUGUAGUGUGUGUUCGAAAAAGUUUAUAGACAAGUCCAACUUGAAGACCCAUUUGAAAGUGCACACUCGAGAGAAACCGUACCAGUGUCGACACUGUACGAAAACUUUUCGCUACAUUGUCGAUCGAAAGCGGCACGAGAUGAUUCAUACAGGGAACUAUCCUUUCAAAUGUGCCAUCUGCGAGAGAGCGUUUAGUCGAAGUAAUCAGUUCAAGGCGCACGAGAAGAUUUGUGUCGAAAGUAAAGUUGAAGUAAACUGCCCAUAA